AUGGAGCUUUGGAAAAUUUUCAUCAUAGUGUGUGCUUCUGGUUUGGGUGUUUCUAUAUUUCUUAGGAUCUUCACUAGAGCCAUGCGAAACUGUGGAGGUGCUAAUGGUGAUGGAGGAGGAGGAGGAGGAGGAGGAGGAGGUGGGGAUGGAGGCGACGGGGAUGGAGGCGACGAGGAUGGAAGCGACGGGGAUGUGGGGUCGGGUGAUGGAGGAGGAGGAGGAGGGUUUUGGAGUCAUUUUGUCGGAGGUGAUGGAGGAAACGGAGGUGGCCAUGGAGGAUUUUGGGGUCAUGUUGGCGGAGGUGAUGGAGGUUUUGGCGGUGGCGGCGGUGGAGGUGGUGGUGGUGGUGAUGGAGGUGGUGGCGGCGGUGGAGGUGGUGGUGGUGGUGAUGGAGGUGGUGGCGGCGGUGGAGGUGGAGGAGGAGGCGGAGGAGGAGGUUGCUGA